AGAGAGAGGGAGAGAGGGGGGGUUUCCUUGAUGUUGAAGGGAGAUAACAGCAACAUAAACAAGAGAAAGAUGGAAAAGUUUAAACGUGUUCCUCUCUCGGUAUUUUACUUAAUUAAAUGUCGCUGUGAUACAACUCGAUCGAUCUUCCGAUCACGAAAUAUAAACACUAAUGUCGCCCCAAAACUGGGCUUCACUUCGCAGUAUGUCAAUAGUCUAUUCCAAGGUAUAAUAAGUGGUAACAGAGCGUCAUUAGCACAGAGCAUUACUUUAGUCGAAUCUAGCAAUGAGCAAAAGAAAACAGCCGGUCAGUCUCUUUUAGGUAAAUGUUUAAAAUAUAUUCAGGAGCAAGAAAUGCGUUCGAUACAUCCGACUAUAUCGUUCCGAAUUGGUAUAUCUGGCCCACCAGGAGCAGGCAAAAGCACGUUCAUUGAAGUAUUUGGAAAAUAUCUGACCAGCUUGGGGCACAAAGUUGCAGUCCUUCCAAUUGAUCCAUCUUCUAAAAUAACAGGUGGUUCUUUACUUGGUGAUAAGACUCGUAUGCCAAUGCUUUCAGUAGAUGAAAAUGCAUACAUCAGACCAUCCCCUGCUAAAGGAAACCUAGGUGGUGUAACAAGAACAACAAAUGAAGCUGUCCUGCUCUGUGAAAGUGCUGGCUACAACAUAAUCCUUAUUGAAACAAUUGGUGUGGGUCAGUCUGAAUUUAUGGUGUCUGAUAUGGUGGAUAUGUUUUGUUUAGUAAUUCCUCCAGCUAGUGGUGACGAAUUACAGGGAAUCAAAAAGGGAAUUAUUGAAGUAGCUGAUAUUGUUGUAAUAAAUAAAUCUGAUGGCGAUCUUGCACCUGCUGCCAGAAGGAUUCAAGGAGAAUAUUUAAGUGCACUGAAAUAUUUACAGAGGAAAAGUUCAGUGUGGACUCCAACAGUAUUGCGAAUUUCUUCUAUUCAGAAACAAGGAAUAAAAGAACUUUGGUCACAUAUGACUGAUUUUAGAAAUAAACUUUCAGAGAAUGGAGAGCUGUUACAAAAGCGAGAUGCACAGCAUAAAAUAUGGAUGUGGAACUACAUCCAGAGUAAGAUUCUAGAUAUAUUCAAAAAUCAUCCACAUGUGAAGGAGCAACUUCCUGAAUUAGAACAAAAAGUGUCUCAUCGGAUUAUUAAUCCCGGGUUUGCUGCUGACACUCUUUUGAAGUCUUUCAUGACAAAGAUAUGAAAAAUAUUAGUAAAUGGUAUUUUUUCUAGUACAAGACGUUAAAUAAUAUAAAAAUUAUUUUGAGAAUGAACUUCUUCAUUUGCUUUUAUUUUCUGUUAUUUAUGAAAGUUAACAUGUUGCAUAAAUGGUAGAGUACCAAACUAAACAGCUUGCAGUAUUUGGUUUUACUCUGGGUUAAAUUUAAUGCCCUUCCUUCCUCCAAUAUCAGAAGGAGGGGGAAGGGCAUUAAAUUAAUUAUUAACAAUAUAUUGGUAUUGAGUCAAUCUACAGCAUCCCAUUCCAUCCCACUACAGAAAUGACAUCCAAAAAGAAAUCAGUAUUAUUUUACAGAGGAAUGUACUUUAGAUCGGUGAUUUUUACUGACAAAUACCAGGUCCACAACCAUCAAAGAAAUAUUAAAUAAAUUUUUUGUUCCCAACUC